UUCUCUUUUCUCUUUUCUCUUUCUCUUUUCUUUCUCUCUCUCUCUCUCUCUCUCUCCUCUGUCCUUGUGUUUAGGCCGCUGGUCCGCUCACCCGUCCCGUUUCCCUUCCAGUCGUCAUCGUCAUCGUCAUCGUCAUCGUCAUCGUCAUCGUCAUCGUCAUCAUCAUCAUCAUCAUCAUCAUUAUUGUUCUCCGGUUUUUAG